AUGUCUUUCGCUGAUAUUCUUGAUGCGAAACCCAAAGAGCCAAAACUUUAUCAAAUACUUGGAUGCGAUGGAAGAGCAACAACUGAUCAAAUCACCGCUGAGUAUCGAUCAAGAGUCAGAGAUUGUCACCCGGACAAAGUCAUGAAGGGAGAGGAAUCUACUGCCACAACAGAAAAGUUCGUGGAACUUCAGAAUGCCUACUCAAUUUUGACAAGUGAGACGAGUCGGAAAUCUUACGAUUCCUGGCUCCAUUCUCCAUUUCCAGUCACUUUUGAAGAAUUCGCAAAGUCUCAGGAUAAGUUUCAAAUGUCGACACAUUGGGCGGUUCCAAAAACUCAAUCAUCUAUCAAGGAUAUACCAUCUGAAUCAUUAACAGAAAAGUUGUCUACAGAUUCAGAUAAAACUAGUUCUCGUUGGGCUGAUGGUGAUCGAUAUCAAUCAUCGACUGCUUCGGCAUUUCGAAACUACGAAGUUUGA